AUGAUCAAGGCCGCCUUCCUCCUUGCCUUCUUCGCCAUCCUGGCCGUCGCCUCUGGCGCCCCCAUCGAGCUCGCCUCCGAUGAUGCCGGCACUCUGGUCAACUCCGCCACCAACCCGUGCGAGAGCUCGCUGCGCGACUUCGCCUACGCCAUCCGCAACGAGUCUUCCCGUUGCAACAGCUCCUCCAUCUCCGCCGCCGUGACCUACGCCAACUGCGUGGUCACCACUGCCAACAAGUUCGACGGCAAGCCGGUCGACACCUCCAAGGCCUUCGAGGACUGCUCGGAGAUCGUCAUCAGCCACCGUGACUGGUGCAAGAAGCACGAGCCCGAGUCUUCUGCUGCCAAGGCCGACCUCUCCUACUUCACUUGCCCCACUCGCUACCAGACCUUCGCCGGCAACAAGAGCUUCCCCAAGAAGGGUUGCGACAACAUGUCCGCCGAUAAGAUCAAGGCUAAGUUCGAGAAGAGCUGCAUCUCCGGCGGCUUCGCCGGUGUCUCUCUCGACUCCCUGUGCAACAACAAGAAGUGCAUCGCCGCCAUGGAGGACGCCCACGAGUGUGGCAUGGACCGCUACGCCUCUCCUCACUCCGUUUGCGCUCUCCUCAACAACACCUUCUCCUUCUCGGUCUUCUGCCCGGAGGACACCGUUGGCUACAAGACCUUCACCAAGUUCGACUGCAAGGUCCCUGCUCACGCCUACGACUACAGCGAGAAGACCACCGACUUCAAGCCCAUCGAGAAGCCCAAGCAGACUGGCUCUGGCUCCUCCUCCGCCUAA